ACAUUCUCUAUAUGUUUUCUAUAUUUUUGAUUCUCAUUGUAAGUUUAUAUACUAAUGCAUUAUUUGUCGAUAUUGGAUUUGCCGUGAUAGAAAAAAAGGUAUUAUCACCAAAAUGCGAAACUGAACAGAGUCAAAAACAACUGGAAGAGUGUGUUGCAAGUGGAAAAUCAGUCAUGGAUCCUAGAUACCGUGGAAUCAUGUAUAACCUUACUACACCGGAAGGCAUGGCUUAUCACUUAAGUUACUCUGUUAGCCAAUAUCAACAAUUGUCAAGAUGCUUCACUGAGCAGCUAACAUUAUAUACUUGCUCACCUCAAUUGCGUCUGAAGCAUAUUGCAGAAGCGUCAAUGUUUAUUUCAAAAAGCAUCCAACAUUCUUCUGACUGUACGAUGAAGGGUAAUGUGUUUCAAUACAGUGGAUGUUUAUCAAAACACUAUGACUUGAAUCAGAACAACACUCUAAAAGAGUUGGAAUCGCUACACGAACACCGCUAUGACGUGGUAUCUUGCGUAGACAAACAUCUGGAAACAAUAUACGAGUGUUGUGACGAAAAUCGUAGAAACAUAUCAGAAGCUCUUCGUACCACCGCACUUCUCUGGGAAAUGUCACAAUAUGACAAUGCUCACUUUCCGAAAAUCCGUCAAUAGUCUUCAAUUGUUUUUGGUGAAAACUCGUUUGGAGCAUAAUAAACAUCAAUUUAUUUUU